AUGCGCCCGGAGCGCCCGACCCCGGCACACAAGACCGGCGACUUUGCCGAGCUGGUGUGUAGCAACUCGUUGCGCAGCGACGACCCACUGCAUGCCGCCGGGCUCCUGAAGCGUGAGAUGGAGCGCUUUGGCUCGCUGAUCAUCGGCGCCGCUCGGGCGGCGGCGGUGCCGGCAGGUAGCGCCUUGGCGGUCGAUCGCGAGCGCUUUGCCGAGGAGGUCUCGGGGCGUCUCGAAAGCCAGCCGAAUCUCGAGAUCCGGCGCCAGGAGGUCACCGAAUUGCCAGCCGGCGACGUGGUGCUGGCCACGGGUCCACUGACCUCGGACAGCCUGGCUGGCGUGCUGCAAGAGUUACUGGGCGAAGCGUACCUCUAUUUUUACGACGCCAUCGCGCCGAUCGUCGAGGCCGACAGCCUCGACCUUUCGAUCCUGUUUCGUGCUUCGCGCUAUGGCAAGGGAGGUGACGACUACCUCAACGCGCCGUUCGAUCGCGAGCAAUACCUGGCGUUCUACCGAGCCCUGCUCGACGCUGAGGUGGUCGAACCCCACGCCUUCGAGAAGGCCAAGUUCUUCGAAGGCUGCCUGCCAAUCGAGGAGAUCGCCUCGCGGGGCGUCGACACGCUACGCUUCGGCACCAUGAAGCCGGUCGGCCUGACCACCCCGGACGGCGAGCGCCCCUAUGCCGUUGCCCAGCUGCGCCAGGAAGACCUCGCUCGCAGCCACUACAACCUGGUGGGUUUCCAAUCGCGCAUGACUUGGGGCGAGCAGAAGCGGGUGCUGCGGAUGAUCCCCGGCCUCGAGCAGGCCAAGUUCGUCCGCCUGGGGCAGAUCCACCGCAACACCUUCAUCAACUCACCAGUGCAUCUGGACAAACGCUAUCGGUUAAAGGCGGCGCCAACGGUACGCCUGGCAGGACAGAUCACCGGCGUCGAGGGCUAUUUGGAAUCGGCCGCCACCGGACUGGUCAAUGCUCUCUACUUGAGCUUCGACCGUCAGGACACCGCCUUCGAGCCCCUGCCAGGAACCACCGCGCUGGGUGCCCUGGCCCGUCACCUGACCGAGUCGACGGCCAAGCACUUUCAACCGACCAACAUCAACUACGGCCUGUUCGAGCCACUGCCCGGCAGGGUGCGCAAGCGUGAGCGCCGUGAACGGCAGGCUGCCCGCGCCCACGAGCAUCUCGGCCAAUGGAUCAGCGCUCGGGCCUUGGUGGACGAGAAGCCUGAAGCCGCCGAGCUGCCGCAGGCGAUCGAAGCCUAG